AUGGCAGAGGCAUUGUCAAUUCAACAGUCUGAGACCUCAGCCGACAACAAAGGUUGGCCGAGUACAACACAUGGCGAAUACAUACUUGAAGAUUUUGCUUUCAGCUCCGGCGAAACGAUCCCGCAAUUGCGAUUGCACUACCAAACCAUCGGCACCCUAAAGACCUCAGAAGAUGGCAAGACCACCAACGCCGUGCUCAUAAUGCACGGAACUGGCGGGUCCAGCGAUCAAUUCCUCAACGCCCAGUUCGCCGGGGAGCUCUUCAACCUGGGGCAGCCGCUCGACACGCAGAAGUACUUCAUCAUCCUCCGCGACGGCAUCGGCCACGGGCGCUCCAGCAGGCCGAGCAGUGGCGGGCUGGGGGCGCGGUUUCCGAAAUACCGAUACGGCGACAUGGUCCGCGCCGAUUACCGCCUGCUGACGGAGCACCUCGGCGUCGCGCACCUGCGGCUGGCCAUGGGCACUUCGAUGGGUGGGAUGCAGAGCUGGCUGUGGGGCGAGGCGUACCCGGGCUUCAUGGACGCCCUGAUGCCUCUCGCGUCGCUGCCCGUCCAGAUCUCAGGCCGCAACCGCAUGUGGCGCAAGAUGGCUAUGGACGCGAUCAGGGCCGACCCCGCGUGGAAGGGAGGGGCAUACGCGUCCGGCGAGCAGCCGCGCGCAGGGCUCACUACGGCCCUGGACAUCUUGACGCUGAUGUCGUCGAGCCCGCUGCAGUACCAGGCGGAGGCGCCCACGCGGGACGCGGCGGACUCGUUCCUCGACGGCAAGAUCCGGUCCGGCCUCCGGUCGACGGACGCGAAUGAUCUGUUGUUUGCGCUGGACUCGUCGUUUGAUUACGACCCUAGGCCUGACUUACACAAGAUCACGGCGCCGCUGAUCGCGGUCAACACAGCGGACGACCAGAUCAAUCCGCCUGAGCUGGGAAUUCUGGAGAGGGAAGCACGGGCUGGGCUGAGAGACGGCCUGGGCAAGGUUGUCGUGUUGCCCAUCACGGAGGAGACGAGGGGUCAUGGAUCGCAUACAGCGGCUAAACUAUGGAAGCAUCUCCUUGAAGAACUAUUGCUCAAGACUGAGAAGAGCUGA